GUUUGUCCUUCCAGGCUCUUGGCUUUUGAGCACGGCGUUUCCAGGCGCGUACGGGAGGUGGUGCUGUUCUGCUGCCUUGGGCGGGCUCUUGGCCCCGAAUCAGCCGGGUUUGGUCCCUGCGCUGCCCCGGGGCCUUGUUGGCUGGCGGGAGGCGUUAUCUUAGGCAUGGCUGAUGAGAGUAUAAUUGAGGCAGUUGAAGAGGGAUUAACCGAGAGAGCUGAACACUCUGCUGGGGCUUGGUUGAUGGUGAAGGACUCUGCUGUGUUUUCCCGGUUUGGAAACUGGAGGUGUCACAAUCUCUUAAUGGGCAUCCAGGGGGAAAACAGUGUUGUGUAAAUUUAAUACUUAAUGAAAUGCACAGCUCUGUCAAAACGCAAAGCUUUGGCUGGAACUGGAAGUUGCUGUAUUCUUUAACGUGGAUUUCUCAUCUCCAUUUGUCACUUGAGAGCUCCCCGUGCAGUUAACAGAGGGGCAUGGCUGUGAGAGCCUGUGGCUUGAUCAUCUACAGGAGGCUGCAGUCAGCACCAUCUUCUAAGGUCGCUGAUGGCAUUGAAUACCUCCUCCUUCAGACGUCCUACGGGACCCAUCACUGGACCCCACCAAAAGGCCAUGUGGAUCCAGGAGAGGACGACCUGCAGACAGCCUUCCGGGAAACGCAGGAAGAGGCUGGUCUUCAGGCCAGUCAGCUCACCCUCGUAGAGGGGUACAAGAAAGAGCUGCACUAUCCUGUCCGUGGCAAACCCAAGACCGUCAUUUACUGGCUGGCAGAAAUGAAGGACUGUAACACAGAAAUCAAGCUCUCGGAGGAGCACCAAGCUUUCCAAUGGCUGAAGCUGGAGGAUGCUUGCAGAUUUGCAGAAUAUGAAGACAUGCAAGCUACGCUGAAAGAAGUGCAUCAGUUUCUCUGCUCCAAAGUAUAAAAGCCUUUGUGAAGGAUAAGCAGGCUUUCUGAAAAAGCACAUAUUUUUUUUUGCUUUGGUUUGUUUUUUUAUUAACCAGGAGAACUGCAUGGCUGCAGAAAUGUAGAUUUCUUUUUUAAACCUACAAAUUCAGUGAAGAGCUUUUAAAGAGCUUGUCCUUUUGUCUCCCCUACCUAACAUAAAAAAGCAUGGUCUGAUUGAACUGUAAGCCAGAGAUGUCUGAAUUGAAACCCAGAGCUAACAAAGACUUCCUCUGUCCCUGUAUCCUUUUCUUUUUCCUUUUUUUUUUCUUGCCCCUGAAGUGCUGAACAGAUUCCUUUGAAAAACCAAACACUUUAUUUCUUGACUUGCUAAUGUAUAACUACAGAGUUGAAAAAAUUAGCAUAUGGAGAUUUUUAAUAACAAAAUGUUUACUGCAGGAGUUUCACCUUGCAUUUCAAAUGGGGAAGCAGUAUUUCUGUUCCCAACUCCUACACUGAUAUUCUGUGAUAACUUGUCAAAUCAUUUCAAGUCUUGUUUGUUUGUAUCAUGAAUUUAUGUACAUCACUAAUGUACUGUUAUGAAAACAUUUUCCAUUCAAAGAGUCUUAGUAAACAGUUGAUGUGCAGUAUUUCAAUGGUAAACUUGAAGUUCUUUUGCCUCUUUAUUUUCCUUUUUGCUCUUUAUCAGACACCUUAGCCAUAUAUUAUUCAGGGAGUUGGGAAAGGGAAAUUAUUCUGCCUAAUACAACAUUUUCUGCAAAGAAUAUCUAAACUGAUGUGCAAUCUUGCAUCUGUUGGAUAGCAGCUGUGUUUCUGUGGCUGCAGCCUGCACGCAUGUGUGGGCAGCAGGGCCCCAUGCACUGGCAGCAGGGUGCUUUAGGUACUCACGGGAGGAUUGCAGAAGCCUGCGGUGGUACUGAUGAGCUCGCCUGCACCACCUUUGUUGUGGGCCUCUAUUUUGUCAUUGAUGUCGGUGGGAGCUGGGGUUAUCACUCUCUAUGAUUAUGCCUGUUCAGUUAUAACAGUUCAUAAUCUCUUGGAUGUUUUGGUACAUAAAAUACCAAAAAAGCAUGAUGGCAUUAUUAAAAUUUUUAAUGAGGAAUGAGGUUUUCUGAAUCCCAGGCAACUUUGGCAGAGAACAAGUGUCUCUCCUUCCUCUAGCCUUUGCUGCCUAGCACUUGGAACUCACAAAGCAAAUGAAUAUAUGAGAAAGUGGGUUCUACUUCCACUUUGUCUUCCUCUCCUUCCUUGCUGCAAGAGUAAAGUGAAGGUCAUCAGUAUCACACCAGCCCUGGAGGAGACCUGCACUACCCGAGGUGCAGCAAAACUGGGCUGAAAAAUAGGGGCAGCAGUUUGGCAUAGUGUUACUGUCUGCACUCGUCCUUCAGUGCAGCAUGCAUUAACAAUGUCAGUACUGCUGUGACAGUGGUGUCUUGCUCAUGACUCCAUUAUCUUCCUCUGGAGUGAUUUAUAAAAGCCCUCUUGUGAUGCAUCCUUUUUGUGUGUGUGUGUGUGUGUGCGCGUAUACGCACACACACACACAAAAGGGUACACAGUAAGGGGGCUUUUGAUUUGUAUAUAUAUACACAUAAACAUUUUCAGUGCUUCUCCACUUUACAGUCAGGUUUUAUUUUGAUCAUGAACACUUUACAAGCAUUGCAUUCAGGUGAUGGCAGAGAGUGAACAGCACAUAGGUUGUGUGAUCUGAGUGUUUCUCGGCUAGCUUAAGAAGCAGAGGAUAGAAAGUGUCUCCCACUGUCACCAGGUCCAGCCUUAAUGCAGAAUCAAUACUUUGGAGUCUUUCCUGAUGGAUAUUUGGUUAACAUGCUUUUUAAGACCUCUCAUGAUGAAGACUCACACCUUCAGGUCCUCUGUCCAUACCUUGGAAAGGUCAUUCUCUAGCAUCUAAUGUAGGUAAACCAGUGAGAAAUAACUAAAAUAUAACAACCAGUAAAAGAGAGGGGGAGACAACAGUUAAAAGCCUGUGCUGCUUCACAGUCUUAUUUUUUUCAUUAUUGUUUGAGCUAUCGUUUAAACAGUGCUUUGUAAACAGUGGUGUUACUGCCUUCAUGUUUAUAAGCAAGAUUAGCACAUUAAGUAUGAAUUAUAGAGAGUCACUAACAAGUCGUCUCUUCUGCCUAUUCAGCAGUAAUGAUCAUAAGCACUUCUUGCUUUGGAAAGCACAUUAGCUGAACUCCAAGUAAGUAUUUCCAUUUUAAUAGCACUGCAUACAUAGUGUUCUCAAAGUGUGUCAAGGUUUUGGAGGGUAACAAGUGCUGUAAUCACUGUGAGGUGAUGUGCUCCUUGGGCAAAAAUUCAAAGGUGGGCAUCUUAAUUGUAGUAGAAAAAGGUACAAGGGAUAUAACUGAUAAUUGGUGAACCACCGUCUGUGCAUUGAGCAAUUUAUGUACGGAAUAUAUUCUCACAAAUUUUGUGUGUAAAACGAUGCUUAUGCAUUUGGAAACUUGACCCAAAAGUCUUUGAAUUUGUUUUAAAGUGGAAACAUUGGAAAGAUGGAAUUUAAUUCUGACUCUUGUUUGUGUUCAUUGCUCACUGGUGAAGAAAGAGUUCUUACUCUGCCUAUGUCUAGUAGUAAAAUAUUUUCCCAAGAAGUAAGUGGGAAGCCCUCCAGUAAAUAAUUAUGGAAUAAUCUGCCUGGGGAGAUAUUUACUUCCAACCUCUAUGAUUUUUAUGCCCUAAACCAAUAAAGUUUUUAUUUUCUUUCUUGAGACCAGCUAAGUUUCUGGUCAUAAUAAUAUCUCAUGGCGGUUAACUUUUUGCCAGGCUGUGGACCUAUGUUUAAAAAAAAAAUAAUUAAAUCAAGAGACUUUAAAUUCCCUAGAGACCUUACUUCUGCCUUAGGUUAAAUAAAAUCAAACUCUGGAGAAGUCCAAGCUCCAGUGAAAUAGCACAAAAAACUAAUUUAGGUGGUGGAAAGCCUGAAUGAGAGACAGGUUAGAAUAUGGUUCCCCUUGCUCUACUGAACAAAUACUGAUGCAGCUCAUACUUGUAAUUUCCUGGUGUUAGUAUUUCUUUCUCCAACUAGUUCCUGAUUUAUAGCCAUGACUGUGGUUUACAUCAUCACAAAAUCAGAGAGAAGGAAAGCAUAAAUUCAUUAAUAUUAGGAAAGCACGAAGACAUUGCAGGUUUCACUGGGAAAAGAUCAAGAUUGAGUGUGACUGUCACAGGUAAUUAUGUUCAAACAAGAUGCGUAAAA